AUGGGCAGUCUUUGCUGUCCGGCUGCUGCGCCGUCGCCGGUCAUCGUACACAUCUAUGAUGUGACGGGCACGGCGCCGAUGAAGGUUGUCAACCAAGUCUUGCGCCCUUUGGGCACAGGUGCCUUCCACGCCGCGGUGGAAGUUCAUGGUAAAGAGUGGAGUUACGGGCAGACGGACGGAGGUCAUGGAAUAUUCGAAAACCCACCAGGCGAGUGUGAACAGCACUCCUACCGAGAGUCGAUCCCCAUGGGGUACACGGACCUCACCCCCUUCGAAGUGGAGAUGCUCAUUGCCGACAUGGCCAAGCGAUGGCGUGGUCGGCAGUACCUCAAAGACCAAGUGCUUGGUGUGGAGAAGGGCUUGGUGGGCAUGUAUGUGGGCUGGGUCGAGAAGUCCCUGGUGGGCAUGUGGAGGCGCAACAUUCUCGCUGGACUGGGCUUUGGCGUCUCCAACGGCAUCAUGUUCUUCAUCAUGGCGGGCGGCUUCUACGUUGCUUCCAUCCUGAUCAAGGAGGGAGUUGCGGACUUCCAGGGUGUGAUGAUGGCCUUCAUGGGCAUCUUCUAUGCAGGCAUGGGAGCCGGCCAGGCGGCCGUCAUGGUCGGCGAUGCCACCAAGGCAAAAGUGGCCUGCCACGACAUGUUCCAGCUCAUGGAUCGCGUCUCAGCCAUUGAUGGCCUGGAGCCAACCGGUGAAACUCCGAAGCAGCUGGAGGCUGGCGAGAUCGAAUUCCGCGACGUGAAGUUCUUCUACCCCUUCCGCCCAGAAGUUCAGGUGCUCAAGGGCAUCACCUUCAAAAUCUCCGCCGGGCAAUCUGUCGGUCUGGUGGGCCCUUCCGGUGGUG